AGGGCCUGCAUUGACUUCGCCAUAAGUGCCAAGCCCCUGACCCGCUACAUGCCUCAGAACAAGCAAUCCUUCCAGUACAAGAUGUGGAAGUUUGUGGUGUCCCCUCCCUUUGAGUACUUUAUCAUGGUCAUGAUUGCACUCAAUACUAUAGUGCUAAUGAUGAAGUUCUAUGAUGCUCCAGAAGCAUAUGAAGAAAUGUUGAAAUGCCUGAAUAUUGUGUUUACAUCCAUGUUUUCCAUGGAAUGUGUGCUGAAGAUCAUUGCCUUUGGUGUGCUGAAUUAUUUCCGAGAUGCCUGGAAUGUCUUUGAUUUUGUCACAGUGUUGGGAAGUAUUACUGAUAUUUUAGUAACAGAGAUUGCGGUAAGUACAGACAACUUCAUCAACCUCAGCUUCCUGAGGCUCUUCAGGGCAGCAAGACUUAUCAAGCUCCUUCGCCAGGGGUACACAAUCCGCAUCUUGCUCUGGACAUUUGUACAGUCUUUUAAGGCCUUGCCUUAUGUGUGUCUCCUCAUUGCAAUGCUUUUCUUCAUCUAUGCCAUUAUUGGAAUGCAGGUGUUUGGGAACAUUGCGUUAGAUGAUGAAACCUCCAUCAAUCGGCACAAUAACUUCCGUACCUUCCUCCAAGCCCUGAUGCUUCUCUUCAGGAGUGCCACGGGGGAAGCCUGGCACGAGAUCAUGCUGUCAUGCCUGAGCAACAGAGCCUGUGACCCACUCUCUGGCCUCACCAAAAAGGAGUGUGGCAGUGAUUUUGCCUAUUUCUACUUCGUCUCCUUCAUCUUUCUGUGUUCCUUCCUGAUGCUGAACCUGUUUGUGGCUGUGAUCAUGGACAAUUUUGAAUACCUGACAAGAGACUCUUCCAUCCUUGGGCCCCAUCACUUGGAUGAGUUUGUGCGUGUGUGGGCUGAGUACGACCCUGCUGCCUGGUAUCGCCUGGUGCGGAUGAACAUGCCAAUAUCUCCGGAGGAUUUAACUGUCCACUUCACCUCCACCCUGAUGGCUCUGAUCCGCACUGCCCUGGAGAUCAAACUAGCCUCAGGUGGUGUUAAGCAGCACCAGUGUGAUGCUGAGCUGAGAAAGGAGAUCUCCCUGGUUUGGCCCAAUCUGUCCCAGAAGACUUUGGAUCUGCUGGUGCCUCCUCACAAACCUGAUGAAAUGACUGUGGGGAAGGUCUACGCAGCACUGAUGAUAUUUGACUUCUACAAGCAGAAUAAGAACAGCAGAGAACAAGUUCAACCACCUGGAGGCCUGUGCCAGCCUGGACCAGUGUCACUCUUCCACCCCUUGAAGGCCACUCUGGAGCAAACCCAACCUGCAGCUUUCAACAACGCCAAGGCCUUCCUCCGCCAGAAGAGCUCAGCCUCCCUCAACAACGGGGGAGCAUUGCCAGCCCCAGAGUGUGGGAUCAAGGAGUCCAGUUCCUGGGGGACCCAACGCACCCAGGACGUGUUCUAUGAGACCAGGACACCAGCAUUUGAGCGAGGCCACUCGGAGGAGAUCCCCACUGAGAGGGUGGUAGAAAUGAGGGAAAUCAGCCCCACAGUUGCCAAUGGAGAGCACCAACCAGGCCUGGAGAGCCAGGGCCGGGCAGCUUCCAUGCCACGCCUGGCUGCAGAAACUCAG